AACAUUUUUUAAACACUUGAAAUUUUUAUACAGAUUUUGGAUUAAAGAAAAGUUUUUUUUUGAACAAUUUAAUGUAAUUAUUUUAUUAAAAAUUACUUUUAACAUGAAAAUAGGUUAUCAAAAAGAUUUAACUUGGACAGUUGUUAAAGCUAAAAAAAAGAAAAGGUCCCGAAACGAGAAAAAUCACAGUUCUUUUUGGAGCGAAGAAGAGAAAAAUGAAGAAAAUGAUAUGGAUUUUGAAGUUGUUUUUAAAAAACAAAAAGAUGUUCAAAAAAACUCAUUAAAAGAUAAUAUAAAGAAGCAUUGUUUAGUCGAAAAAUUUUCAGACAAUUUUUCCGAUUCCGAAAUUGAAGUUGUUCUAUGUCCGGAUGAAAAUUGUAACCCUCAACAUAGUUUAAACGUUCCAAAUCACAAUUUUCUUAUGCAAAAUGAUUCCGAUACAUGUCAACCUAUGCAAUUAUCUUUCGAAGGAUUUAAAGAACUACUCAAUGAAGAUUUUUUUUUAGAAGAUUCUGACAUUGAAGUUUUAGUCAAAACAAGUAACGUUCAAUCUACCAGUAAUCGUAAAUUUAAGGAAAUUGAUAUUGAAGAAGAUAAAAAAAUUAACAACGAAUCAUUAGAAAUCAUUUUUGAUGAAAAUUGGCACGCAGGGUUGUUUGAAGGAAAUGAAAAUCUUAUUGAAAAGGAAAAGAUCAACAUAGGAGAAAUUAACGAAAAUAAAGUUUGCUUGCGGUUCUGCGUUUCUGAAUGUUCCUGUGAACAACUUUUUGAGCCUUAUGAAAAAAAUUUUAUUCCUACAAAAUAUGCGCGCAGUAAUCUUACUCAGGAUAAAUCAUUAGUUGACUCGGAUGAUGAAGAAUACGGAAUAAAAAGUUUGUUUGAAAAAGCCUCGUAUGAUUUUGGAGAACAUAUUGAUAACACCAAAGAUGUCAUGACAAUGAAAACUUCAACUUUAGCUAUUUUUUUUUGCAUCAGCAUUAUUGUUGCAGUGCAUGCUGGGAACGGUUUUGGAUUUGCAAAGGAAAAGUCACCAACGCUUGAGACAACAACAACACCAUCAGGGCCAGCACCAGAACCAACUGUUAAUGAAAAGAAAGAUUUAUUUCAUGAUUCUAAUUUUGAAAAUAUAAACUAUAAGUUACUAAGGGCUUCAUCAGAAACAAGGUCUGCUUUAAAAACAUUGUUGACGUCAUUAAGGUUAUUACAAGAAAAGCAUCGUCAGUUGCAAGAAAUUCACGAUGAAACAAUUAAAAAUUUUAAUAUUCAAAAACAAAUGACUUGGUACUGGAGACGAAAAGUAACUUUGAAUGAUCACAAUGAAAAUGAUGAUGAAAAAUAUAGAAGCCAAGAACGCAAAAAUAAUCGUUUCUUGAUUGCUCAGUUUGAAGAAGUCAUUCAGAAACUAAAUAUCUCAUUAGAAGAAGCAAAAUUGGAAGCAAAAAUUUGGAAAAAAAAGUUUUUUUCAAGUAAGCUCCAAUUUAUUCCGAACUCAAUUUUAAAUAAAAGUUUUGAAUCUAAUAUUUAUUUUUCAAAAUGCUUCUUUCACUUCUCCAACGCAGUGAAUGAUGCACGAUUGUUGAAUCUAUCCAAACCUAUGGACACACCUUUGAGUGUUUUUAAAAAAGACAGUAAAAGUGCAUGGAGAAACAUUAAAAACAAUUGGAAAUCACGAAAGAGUGAGAACGAAAAUUUUGAAUUUGAUGAAAAAACAAGUUUGUUAAAUAAAAAAAAGAAAAACUAUUGUAUCAAAAAAAAGAGAAAUUAUUAUAUUGAAUUAGCGGAUGCACAAAAAAAUAAUAACAAGAAAGUAAUUAACAAAAAAAUAAAUAGCGAAAGUAAAAGAAAAUCAACUGAAACUACAAACUUAAAUAAAAAAAUACCUAGUAUGACAAACGAAACUAAAACCGUCAUUAUUAAUUGCGGAGAUCGCCAAAUAAAGGUGGUUACGGAGGAUCAGUUUCCUGAACAACCAGCAAAAGUAAAAUCAACAUAUUGCAAAAUUAAUGGAAUCGCAAUUACAGUUUUAGAGGGUAAAGUUCAAAUUGUCUCUGCAGUAGAUAAUAAAAUCAAUAAAACUGUCUCUACAGUAGAAAAUAAACAUCUCAAAAAACCUGAAAUAAACAAUGAGCCAAUCAAUGAGCCAAACAAUGAGCCAAUCAAUGAGCCAAACAAUGAGCCAAUCAUAUUAGAAAAAUUAGAUACGAAUAAAAGUCAAAAACAUUUAAACAGAAAUAAAAAAGACGAAAUUCAAGAAAACAAAAGUGUAAAAGACGAAACAAAGUUUCAUCUUCAAACAAGCAGUUCUGAGGUACAGAGUUUUUUAUUAGAUAUAAACCAAAAGAUUUCUAUAAUUCAGGCAGAACAAAGAAACUCCAGUCAAAACGUCAAUAAAGAAAUCAAGUAUUGCGAAGAGAAAAUAGAAAAGAUUACGGCAAGUUUUCUUGGUGAUAAAGAAUACUUUGCAAUUGAAAAUGAAAAACUUACUCGUCGAUUAGAAAAAUUAGAAUCACAACUAAAUCAGGUAAUAAACCAAACAAAAGUUGAAGCUGAAAAAGAUUUAAAGAAAGAAAGAACUAAAUGCAAAAAAGAAUACGACGAUCGAACUCAUAGAACUAGCGAAGAGCGUAAAUCACAGGAGCGGAUUAAUAAGAUUGCUUUUUAUAAAACCAAACUUCAACAAGCUGUGAAAGAAAUAAAAUAUUUAAAAAAAAAACUUCAAAUACAAGUUAAGUUUUUUAAACGUGAAGCUUUGAUUGAGAUUUUAGGUAAAAAAAUAAAUACUUACAGGAGGUUACUUCAAGAAAGAAACUAUCCAAAUGAUAUCACUAAAAAAAACUUUAACCUUCAAGGUAGCACAAGCUCCUUUAAUAAGAUAGAAACAGAUGAUCGGGUCCCAUUAGCUUUAAAUACUGAAUCAAACAAAAAAAUGUAUUAUGGAGAUAACAGUUUAAAUUUACAUAUAAAAGAAGAUAUCUUUCCUCACAUAUCGGCUAACAAACUUGAAAGACCUCCUGUUGCUUUGAAAGAAAAAAAUAUUUUUUUUACCCAUAAAAGUUCUUAUAACCAAAACAAACCUUAUCAACCAGAAAUUAACUCUAAGUUUGAAAACCUAGAGUUAAUAAACAAGCAACGUACGUCAAAUAAGCAACGUAAAUCGGUUCAAAAUAAAGAAAAAUCUGAAAAAUUAGUUACGAAAACCAAAACACGCAAUAAAAAUUUAGUUAAAAAUAAUUCCAUAUUACCUAACCCUAAACCCUCUUUGUCUAAAAAGCUUGAAAACACACCCAGCGAAAAAAAAGUUUUUUCUGACAAUAAAAAGGUUAAAAAACAAAAUCUGCACAAAACUGCUAAUCCAACAGAUUUCUCAAAAGCUUCAGAAAAUUUAAAAUUGCAAAGAAAGGAAGAUUUAAGUCUUUUCACCACUUCAAUGCGUCAAACAAAAACGUGCGACAUAUUUCAGAAAGAGAAAGCUGAUGAUGAUCAAAAUUGCUAUUUAAAAAAAUCAAAAAGAAUCAAUUUUUCAAAGGUUACAAAACCAUCGUCUUUAAGAGUUACACCACCUAAAUCUUUAAUGGUUAAAUCUUUCCCAACUCUAUCUAUUGAUGACACGCUCUGGUUUUUUGAUUCCAUUGAAGACAAAUACAACAACAAUCAAGACGACGAAGAUGAACCAUUUUACUUAAAUUAAUUUUUUUAGAUGUUUUUAACUUUUAUAAGUGUUUGUAAUUAGUCAGGUUUAUAUGGUUAUUCUGACAGUAUUGUAUGAUCAACACGUUUAUAAAAUAACCUAAGAUAUUAAAAUGUAGAUUA